CGUAACCCAUUUCUCCUCCUGAGCGGCUGAGGCAGGGGUCGCGUUCACCCUCUCCGCCGCCCUCAACGCUUCUCUCCCGUCUUCUCCGCUUCUUCUUUUACCACGAACACCCUCCCUCUAUCUCUCUCUCUCUCUCUCUCACACACACACACACACAGCUGGAAGCAUCGCCAAAUCGGGGGAAGAUUCGGAUUUUGAUUGGUCCAUCUGCAGAGCUGAGAAGAGGAAGAAAAGCCGAGAAAGAAGUUUCUGGAGAAUUGGGCCAAAAGCAUCGAAGAAAAUGAGACGAAAUUUAAAGAGAAUAUAAGGAUAAUUUCGUUGCUUUUCUAUUGGAUUAUUACUUCUAUCUAUCAUUUUGUGAUCCGGGCUUGACCGCAUCGGAUCUCAUGUAUCUGAGAUGGGCUUUGAGGAGCUUGAGCUCAAGAACGAGAUUUUGUGGCCGGAGACCGGAAAGUUUUUUGAUGGAGGCUCGUGCUGGAACGCUUCUGAGUGGAAAUGCUGCUAGUUUGAUCUCGAAGGUGUUGGGUUGCAGAGGAUCAUUUUUUUGGAGUUCACAUGACUUACAUGAUGUCGGAUAUCAGAUUGAUCAGGAGGGAAACUCUCCAGCUGAGGAACCACUGGAUCCGUUCUCCCUUGUUGCCGAUGAAUUGUCCAUCGUUGCAAAUAGACUUCGUGCAAUGGUGGUUGCAGAGGUCCCAAAGCUAGCUUCAGCUGCUGAAUAUUUUUUCAAAAUGGGUGUUGAAGGGAAAAGAUUCCGUCCUACGGUCUUGUUGUUGAUGGCAUCAGCUUUGAAUAUGCCCCUACCACAUUCAGCUGCUGACGGUUUGUUUCAUAGCUUACCAAAUGAACUGCGUUCAAGACAGCAGUGUAUUGCAGAAAUAACUGAAAUGAUUCAUGUGGCAAGCCUUCUUCAUGAUGACGUCUUGGAUGAUGCAGAAACAAGGCGUGGUGUUGGUUCAUUGAAUUUUGCUUUGGGAAACAAGCUUGCUGUGCUAGCAGGAGAUUUUCUGCUUUCCAGAGCUUGUGUUGCACUAGCAUCACUAAAAAAUACAGAGGUUGUAUCAUUACUUGCAACUGUUGUGGAACAUCUAGUUACUGGUGAAACAAUGCAAAUGUCAACCACAUCUGAGCAACGACAUAGCAUGGAGUAUUACCUGCAGAAGACAUACUAUAAGACAGCUUCAUUAAUUUCAAACAGUUGCAAAGCUAUUGCUCUCCUUGCAGGGCAAACUGCUGAAGUUUCGAUGCUUGCUUAUGAAUAUGGCCGAAAUCUGGGUCUGGCGUAUCAGUUGAUAGAUGAUGUUCUUGAUUUCACUGGCACAUCAACUUCACUGGGAAAAGGUUCUUUAUCUGACAUCCGCCAUGGAAUUGCAACAGCUCCCAUAUUAUUUGCAAUAGAAGAGUUCCCUCAGCUGCGUGAGCUUGUAGACCGAGGCUUUGACAAACCUGAAGAUGUUGAUGCUGCUCUUGACUACCUUGGGAAGAGUCGGGGAAUCCAGAGAACAAAGGAACUAGCCGAAGAGCAUGCAAGCCGUGCUGUGGAAGCAAUCGAAGCUCUUCCUUGCAGUGAUGAUGAGGAUGUCCAGGUGUCAAGGCGGGCUCUUGUGGAUCUUACUCGUAGAGUCAUUACAAGAACAAAGUGAAAACACCCAUCCAUCUUGCUGAGAAAGCCCACCUGUCUUCACCUAGUUUCAGAAAAUUUGGAUUUAUUGUUGCCUCACUUUCCUGUCAACUCCUUGCCCAUUCUAUGCCUACUUAACCCUUGGCUCUGAGGAUCCACGUUGUCAUGUAGCUCAAAUUUAUUGAUUUUUCGCUGUAAAGUACAGCUCUGAUGGUUGUAAUCCAUUUAUUCAGAUAAACGCCUUAGCCUGUAGCUGGUUUUGGUUAACCAGGUCUGAAGCUUCGUUUCUGACCUCCAAGAAAAUAUUAUCCACCGAUGCUUGGCAGUGGAUGACUUGUAUCACCUAAAAUAAUUUGUUUCUCUUGUAUUUCAUUAGGGAUCGAUAGUUCUUACUAAUUUCGCACUGAAAGGCGUAAGACCAAGUGAUGAUUCUUUCUUCA